AUGGAUUGGAGCUUGAAACCAUGUACUGCAACUUAUACUACUGUGUGGGAUGUCCAAAACCACAAUGAUAGAAAAUCGUUGGUAGAUAGGCUCACUUGUUUGCCUGAUGAAUUGUUAAAUCAGAUCCUCUCUUUGCUUCCCGCUAAGGAUGCUGCUGCUACUUCCGUCUUGUCUAGGAGAUUGAGGCGUGUUUUCUCAUUAAUUACGUGCCUUGACUUCAAUGUUUCACCUAUAUCACUUUGUUUGCAACAUCCUAAUGCAAUUCAACGUUUCCCCACUUUCGUGAGCUUUGUUGAUGAUGUACUCCAAGCACACCAAUCGCGGUAUCUCACCAAGUUUAGACUUAAAGUCAGCAGCGGGGACUUUGAUAAAGUGUUCUUUGAUGGUUGCUAUUUUGGUAAGUGUAAGCAAGGUUGUCUCCCUGACUUAAAAUCUGCGCGACUUAAUGCGUGGAUCUCUUAUCCAUUGACCCUUUGUGGCCUUAGGGAGCUUGACCUCUGUAUUCUGGUGAGCGAACCUGGUGAUUCUCAGCUACCUCCAGCUAUUUUCACAUGUGAAACGUUGGAAGUGCUGAAGCUUGAGUUCAACAUUGGCCUUGAUCAUGUUUAUAACAUGCCAUCUUACCGUCUUCCAAACUUGAAAUUACUUCUCUUGUUCGCGUCUUUUAUUUCUGUUGAUAGAUUCCUGCCGAGGCUAGUUUCAAGUUGCCCUGUACUUGAAGACCUUACAUUCAAAGCCUUUACGAACUAUGUCUACAUCACAGAUAUUAGGUCGACUUCCCUUAGAAGAAUGUGUUUAAGUAUGCCUAAAUGUGAUGCUUUUGAUGAACAUAACACUGACUUGGUGAUUAUCGAUACUCCCAGCCUGGAGUACCUUGAUUACCGCGAUAAUUUAGCAAUGUGUUACUACAUCCGAGUAAUGCAUUGUCUUGUUGAAGCAGUUCUGGUGGUAACACAGUGCUUAGAAUUUGGUGAAUCUUUUCCGCAAAUGAUUGGCCUCAUCAGACCUUUUUCUUAUGUUCAACGUUUGUCGUUGCAAGGCCUUAUAUUGUGGGAGUUAGACUCGGUGGAUGAAAAGGUCUUAAAGGAUCAGCUGCCGGUGUUUCCUAAUCUGAAACAUCUAGAGCUGAAUGUUGCUGCUCGAAACAACUACUGGAAUAAACUGUUGUUACCCUUUCUCAACUGUUCACCUGUAUUAGAAGUUCUUGAUUUUUCAGAGGGGUUCACUAAGGAUUAUGAUGCCAGAUUCGUUUCAUCUAACAAAGAGGAACUGGAGUUGGAAAGAGAGUUUUAUAGUACUGAUCAUGAAGUCCCUCUUUGUUGCAGGUUUCAUCUCAGAAAAAUACUGGUAAGGAAAUACUAUGGUUUAGAACGUGAAGUUGGAAUGAUCCAGUUUCUCCUAAGGCAUGCAAUAGUUUUGGAGGAACUGGUCAUAUGUUUAGCAGGAGAUCCGAUUCCAGAUCAGAUGUUGGUCGAGAACACAUUGAAGAAUUUACCCAAAGCUUCACUCACCUGUUCGAUUCAAGUAUUAUGUUAA